CACAACCGAACAGCGACCAACUAGAUCGAUCCCAAAUUAAUAACCUCUUCCUCUACACGUCCACGCAGAACCUCGAUCUGAUAUGAUGGCAACAGGAACAGAUUCUGCCUCUGAGGCGACAGUGAGCGCCCCAAAAGGCUGGACUGACAAAAUCGUUGCCGAAGUCAAAGUCAAAACCAUGCUCGCGACUUCCAUUGGAAAGCCAGUUGCCACUAUCAAGGAUAUUCUGGAACAAGUGCACGGCGAUCAAUAUGUGUUUAGCUCUGGGACCGACUUUUAUUUUUGGAAUUGUGCAAGCGAUGAGGGAGCUGUAGUCACUGACCCGAAGGGUAAAGAUAAACUUUGGAAGCAGAUGGGCACCGAUAUCACGAAGGUGAAAGUGAAGCAGCUUUGAAAUAUAUCUCCUAUUCCAAGUGUGUUACUCUACGUAAACACAUGUACGAUGUUGAACCUGUCGAUAAUAUGAAAACAAAGCGCCCCGAUAGUCAUACACUACUUACCUGAUAUAUUUGGCUCCCCAAAGACCUUGGACUUGACGACGUCGGCAUUCUUGGCA